GCGAGCGAGUUGACGCUCGGCCGCACGAGUUCGAACAUCCACGCUCGACACCUUUUUUCCUCUCUCUUCCUCUCGUUUGGAUAUAUAAACACUUCGACCGUUAUUUCACGUUUACGCGUUAAAUACAUUGAUUACUUGUGAAAAUGGCCAUCGUGGCCAGGAUGGAGGGAGCCUCGGGUCUCGAUCGUCCAAAAUAAAAAAAAGAAAAAACAACAACAACUUGAGGAGAGCCAAAAGAAUCGCGUCGGCGUCUUCGUCAAGUUGCGAUCGUUCCCCGUGAACAUCGCCCGGCGAUUCUUUUGCGAAACACUUUUGGAUUUUAGUCAGUAUUGUGAUAUUAUUGAAAAAAAAUCCCUUUCGAAACACCGGAAUUUGUGCUUUAUUCUCGUCGGUCAUAGAUAUUUCGUGUAUCUAUAGGCAUAUGUACGCACACAUGUAUAUAGAAAGAUAGAUUGAUACGAGGAGUCGUGAAAUUUUUUCGUGCGUUCCGGGGUGUGUGUUACCGUGCGGCAUCAGUGAAUUUUUAGUGCUCUAAAAAUUGUUCUGCGUUAUCGUGAGAAAAACGUAAUUCCCGUUAUUACUGUUUUUCCAAUAAGUGUCACAGGGUCUGUUUUAAUUAUUGUUCCUUUUAGUUCUUCUUUGCACCUUUUACUUCGAUUUUUUAAUUCCAUAUGAAAGAGUGUUUUUCACUUUUGGCUCGCGGUGUAAAAGCGUCGAAAAACAUCGUAUUAUAAUCGAAGACACUUUGCUUCAGAAUUGUGUGUUGUGCUCGGGUGUGCUGCAAGUGUUUUUUGUGCCCGUAAAAUCUCUACGUGUUGGACGCAGGAAUUUUUCAUCAAUAUUAUUACUUUUUCUGCCUCCUCAAACGCGCGUGUCGGAACGAAAAAGGGCAAAGCGUUUAAAGAAUUGGGAAUCAGAGAAGUUGAUCUACGAUUUCCGGAUGCUUCUCCGCAGUGUUUGGAACAAGUCAUCGGAUAAUAUACGCGUUAGGGUCUCGUGUUUCUAUGGUUUCCGGCGACAUACUGCUAACGCGUCGUCCAGCGGAAGAAUUCACCAGCGCACUUCGUACACGGAUCAACAGAUCUGCGGCGUUACUCACCUUCACUCGUCUGCGAACAUCACGUUCUUGGAGAAGUCACUAAUUCUCGGUGGUGUCUGGAUAGCGGCUUAAACGAAGAUAAAAAUCAAUUGGAACAUCGGAAGAGAAAGAAUGAUUGUCAGCUAAUCAUUGCCACUCAAGAUUGGAAAGGUUUUUUUUUCAACGACCACAUUUCCUCCAUCACUCUGGAGGAUUUCCGGAAAAUUCAUCACUUCUCGUUUGACCAUUCGCGUCUGCUAAACGCUCCGAGAGAAAUCGGUAGAGAGCGAUGGAACGGAGGCUACACCUUUUGAGCCGAGGCAAAAAACUUCAUCCGGUAAACGGUGCAGUUUUCAUUGAGCAACUUACAUUGGAUGGAGUAGAGUGUUUUGGUGUUGAAAAUUUCGAGGGAAGGAAUCGUACGAGGACCAUAAUUGAGUAUCCGAGGCGUGGACUUCCGGUUGUAUCGUCAAUUCACUAGAGGACGUUUGGACGUUGAGGCGGAUAAGGCAGCCACGAUUCUGCGUUAUCGAACCGAGAGAAAGAAAAGUAGAGGAAGAGCACGAGAGGAGACAGACGGAGAGGGCAUCGAAGGAAAAGAAGAAGAAGUACUUGAAGACCCGAGUGACCGCUCGUUGUAACUUUUCCUUGGGUUUCCUUCAAGCCAGCAAAGUUUACAGUUCCAUUCCAGAACGUAAAACAUUCGAGUGGAAGGUAAAAGAGGAAAAGAGCGAGAAUCAACCACACGUAAGCCAGAACUCGAGCCUUAAAAUACCGAGGAGACUCUCAUUUUACCGCCGAACAACUUAUCGUCCAAUAACUUUGACAACGUUUCCCCGUUCCGACUGCUUUUUGCCUCUUCGCUGCGCUAAGCAAAAAAAUAACACUAAACAAAGAGCGGCACGUAAAAAUAACAUUCUACAAAUCCAAGUGGAAAUCACGAGUGUCAAGAAGGAGAACACCCAAUUGAAUAUUCAACGAACGAUAUGGUGGAUCAACAAGCUGCUAUAAUCAUCAACUGAUUUUCUCCAAAUUAAUAAUUCUAGUUUGAAAAAUAAUCUAGCGAAAGAACUAGAAAUCAGGAGGUUACUUUCAUUAUCGGAUAACAAAGAGGAUUAAAAAAGUAGUGUAAAUUGUACAGUCGUAGUACCUUUAGAUAGAGAAAUUUCUUGAAACUUUUUGAUCAAAGGACUGAAAACUCGUGAAGAAUUAAUUAACGAAUCGAGCUCUGAUACGUGGAGACAAAGUUCUCUACGUAACGCGAGUUAUUUCGACCAAGUUGGUAAGUGGGCAAUUUCGCUGGUGGGUGCGUGCGAGAAAAUAUCAAAUUUUCGAAGAGUAAGGGAGGAGACUGCUGGGACAGAAGUGGGUGGUGUGCUCGAAAAGUGUCCUUAAGUUCCACGUUCUUGCUACGUCGUUAGCAAUGAACGAAGCUGGAAUGAAAGACGUGAGAAGCUGUUAAAGCUCAAAGAGCCCGGUAGGACCAAACGCUACAAAGACCGAAGUCAAGCUUUCAUAUACGUAAGGGAAUAAGAAACCGAAGCAACGAAAGAGAAUAAAAAGGACAGGAAAGAAGCAGCAGUUAACUAUGUGGAUCAAGAUGCUGGAAAUAAGGCAAUUGCGUUCGAUCUUCGCGAUAAUAAUGUGCCUGACCGUGCUAACAGGAGGAACGAGCGACGGAGGUCCGAACAGUCCUGUAUUCAAUUUAGAUCAUACGGCAUUGGAAAAAAAUAUCGCAGCGAUAUUCAACAAAGUUGCUCACAGUUCGGCCACGACGAAACGAAGCGUUCCUGCUUACGAAGCCCAAGUGUCAGCGAGCACGACGUUGUCGACCGUUCCAUCACCCCUGACAACGACGAUGACUUCGGUACCUGCGAUAAGAAAUGCUAUUCCUCGGGUAACGGUGUCACCGGCGUUCCGUGACUUGCCGUCUUAUGCGCCGCCUUCCCGGGCGCCGUUCACACCUCCCUUGCCGCCGGAAUAUCUCAACCCGUUCGCGGACAAGCCAACGCUGCGAGGUACAAACUCGGAAUCUCAUACCGGUUCGAGACGGCCGAUACCACCACCGAGUUUGACACCUGCCCACGAGAGGAUACCCAUAAGGCCACCGGACCUGGUGGAGAAUUCGUCUCAAAGUUUCGAAAAGCCUGUAAAUCGGAAUAAAGCUUUGAAUACUCCGAGCAAAGAGCAAAAAAUAGUUGAGCCAACGGAGUUCGAGAGACGAAACAACAGCAGUGAUUUCGUUCCGACGCUUCACUAUCCGAGCAUCUCACGAAUACUCUCUGGGAGCAACGGUCGGAAGCAGGACAUACCGGAAAUUCUGUUGAAACCAAUUGCGACGAAGUCACCAUUGUCAAACGUGCCUUCGGCAUCGACUACCGAGAGAACAACGACGACAACGACGACCACCGGAUCGACGACAAUCGCGACGAGGCCGGUAACGCACGCAACGAUAUUCAACUUACCAAAUACAAGGAGACAAGACGAUGGUGGCAAGCAGAAGGCGACGGGCGAGGAUGAGACGAAAACGGAACACAUAGAGAUCGUUGAUGCUGAGAGAUUGCCAUAUCCGCAGCCACAACCCCCGGCACCCUCGAAAAGGCCUUCCGAAGGUAAUCGAAUAGUUCCCCACAUUGAUACACAUCCCCUUGAAUCUACGUGGCGCAUAGCGUGGUCUCUUCACGUUUACGUCGCUGCCAUUAUGUUCACCCUGAUGGCGCUUUAUUCGAUCUACAAGAUCGUUCGUUUCAACGAAGCGACUAAUCUACUGACGCAAUCGUACUUUCUUACGGUACAUCUGUUGCUCACAACGGUAUGUACACUCAGAUGUUUUCAUCUGUUUUACGACGCUUAUAAUCUCGGACAGUCGUUGCCGGACCCGCUGUCACGGGUUCUCAUGUACCUACCAGCACCGCUGCUCUCAACGGCAUUCGCGACGUUGGUCCUUUUCCUGGCUAAAUGUUCCGAAGCCCCGUCUCUAAACAACAAGUUCCUGACGCCAGCUUCGCUUGGAUUGUUCUCCAUGGUCCACAUAGUUCUGUGCGUUUCACUUCACGUUUCAACACACGUGAUCGAUUACGAAGACGAUGCAAAAAUAUUGCCCCUCGUGUGCCAGUGCAUCUACAUCGUGAUUUGCGUCACCCUCGGACUCUGUUACAUGUACGUGUAUCGAGUUGUCAAAUCUCAGAUCAAUCUUACGAGCAACAAAUCCGUGGGCAGCCACGUAGCGGGUGAUCCAACGGUGGUAGCACUCGGAACAGCGAUUACAACAACGAUAGCGACAGCGUUGCUCUUCAUCUUGAUGGGUUUCGUUCAAUUGUACGGAGUCUUCGGUGUCCAAGAGCGCGUACAACCUUAUCCAUGGCUCUGGUGGGGCUGGGAGUUCUCCGUCAGGCUCAUCGAGCUCUCCUUGUGCGGAUUAAUCGCCUGGGUCGCUAGUCUUUCCCAGUAUCCCCUCCGAGAGAAACACGUCCAGCAACACUCGGCCCACGGGGGCUUCGCCCUUUUUCCCUGCGGUAGCUCCACGUCCACCGAAAACAUGGACGACGUUUUGUAUCCAGCGAUUUGUAGCACCAAUCAGGCCAUUCAGAAUUACACAAUGAGAACAGGAAAGCAGGUAUACGACGACAGUUUUCCACUCAACACACUCCCUGAGCAUCUCAAUGUUACUAGCACCUUCGAGAGGCACUCAAUACGCAAAUCCGGCACUAUGGGACAUUUUCCCCACGAGGGUCGUGGCUCCUUAAAUCGCCAUGGUAACGGGGUCCAAACGCUGAGAAGUUCUGAAACCCGGGGCAGACAUACUCCCUCCCAAGGACUCCACGAACAAGCACCCGUCUCAGGCUCUACUAUGCUCGUCGCUGAAGAUGGCUUCGUGCGGUUUCGUAGCCUCGGAGCUGAGGAAGACGAACUAUCCGAUACCCAAAGCGUCGCUGGUACUCAUGGACGCGGAUCCUCCCUCGCUGGUAGCGUUAGAUACAGCGCCAGGCAACAUCCUAAUUUACAGCACCAACAUACGCACCAACAUCCUCAUCAGUAUCAGCACCAGCACUCCCUACAGCACUCCCAUCCCGGCGUCGCCCAGUCUCAUCUCCAGGCGCAUCAUCAGAGUCACCAUCAACUCUACAAUAAUACGUAGAAUCGUUGCCGGGUGGCUCGCGUCGAUUGGCGUUCAACGAUGACGCUCUCAAACGAGCUGCAAUCGUCAACGAGACACGUCAUAGUGAGAACCGAUGAUGGAACAACGUCGAGCCACCUGAUGGGACCUCGACGCUCGAUAUUCGAACACAUAAUAUAGAGUUAAUCAGUGUACCAUACGUCCUGUGUAUAAAAAAAAAGAGAGAGAGAGAGAAAAAACAAGAAUAAGCAUAACGAUAAGAGAAAAGUGGAGUGAUCAACGCCUGGCAGACAGACACGUCUUGUCGUUUCAAAAAGAAAAUACGUGGACGAAAAGAGAGCGAAGGAAGCUCAGCUUUUCGAGAGAAGUAGAGUAUGUGAAGACGGAGAGAGAGAGAGACUCUGUGAGCUCCGGCCAGUUCGUCAACUCGUAAAAAAAAAUUAUCUCCUCGGCAAUCUCAUUUCGCUCGAUUCACGGGAAACUUGGCGGUUAUCCCAUUUUCGACGCGGAACCAGCAAGAAAGCAAGAAAAACGAGAAAGAGAGAGGGAGAGAGGGAAGAGAGGAAAAAACAAACUUUUCUCUCCUUUAAAUUAUAUGGGUAGCGCCUGAAAGCUUGAAAAAUAUUGUGCUCGGCACACUUUGGUACUUAAGAGCGAUAUAGUUUGUGAUUGGGUCGAUUCUAUCGGCAAUAUACAUAUAUUUGUGACUUCGAAAAGUUCAACGAAGCCAAAUGAUCGUGACAAUUUAAGACAUUUGCGUGGUAAUUCAUCGAAAGACUUUGGAAAAGCUCUUGGAAUAAACCUCGCAAACUUAUGAAAUUCGGACGAAUGUGACGGUCACAAAUUUUUCUCAGUGUCGACGUUGAUUAUCAUUUCAUCAUACUUUCGUUUACUCGUGAUACAUACAUGUACUUUUCGCAAGUACCCGCUGCUCUCGAGUCAUGUGUCGCUAAACGUCUGAAAUAUAUCGCUAUACGAGAAUGUAAUAUUGAUAUAUUUUUAAGAAACAAAAAAAAACAUAACAAUUAAAUAAGAGGCGCAUCAAGCUAUAUAGGAAAGAAAAAUAACGAAGAAAAACUGACCAUUGGGUCCAAAAUGGGAGAUUUCAGACUCGCGUCAAUCGCGUGCAAUUUCCAAGUGUGUUUAUUGUUUUUUGUGUCGACAACUAAUGACGCAAUAUUGUACAGACGGUAAUAAAUUAUCGCUCAGUCCUUUCUUGUAAGACUUAGACACGUAAGAUUUAUGAGCUUAAGUUGCACACGUGGUAUUUGUUUUUCAUUAGAAUUUGCAGGCAAAAAAUUGCUGUUUCAAUAGAUAGACGAAAAUAGAAAAUGAAAUUCCGUACAGACGAGAUUUUCUUUCAUACGUUGGAAACGAAUGUGCCAGAAGACUGCAAAUUUAUGAUGGAAACCAUUUUAAUUAUUGUAUCACUAAAUUAUUUUUCAAUCGAGGCUCGUUUUUUGCUUGUCUCACAAGCGAUUUCGUCGUCCAAUUUCGGUCAAUCUUUUACAAUCGAUAAAUCUUUUUUUUUUUUUUUUACAAAUUUUCAAAGUUCAUUUAUCAUUGUUUGAGCAUUUUUAGGGUGAGCCUCUCGUACGGCGCCGCUACAAAACAGCCGCAAACAAAGGCUGCAUUUUUGAAACGCAAUGAAAACUUUUUUCCUCUUCAGUAUCGUCAAAUUUUUACUUUUUGCCCAUUUGAAUGCUGAACAUUGAUCAUACUUUUAUUUACAUUUUUAAAACGAACUCCCGAGUCUAUAUGUCGAAAAAAAUCAAUAAUACCGACUAUUGCGUAUUGAAUAAAAAUGGGGGAAAAAAAAAAUAAAUUACGUUGCCCCUUUAACGAUCUAAACUUCAUGGAAUCGGAACACGAUGGAAUCGCGCACGUUUUCAUUUUACAAAAUGAACGUCGAUGUAUAUGUUAAUAUGUAUAAUGUAAAUAAUCUAUAUUGCAAAAAGCGAAAAAAGGCCUGCGUUUUUAAGAAUAGUAUUAGUUUUAAUUUAAAUAAUCGGCUAUUCCUCUAUCAUUAUAGUUUCUCGGGAAUCCUAGAACGAAAAGAGAAGAGAAGAGAAGAGUACGAAGCAGGAGAUCUUUUGUAAAUGCGAGAAUGUGAUUUUAAUUUAUACAUCGAGAUACGGAUAGGGGAUACGUGAAAUGUAUUUAUUACAUUAUAUUUUUAUUUUUAGUAAUCGAGAAGCGACGAGACUUGAGCGUUCUAUUGAUUGUCGUUGAACAAAUCGCUUUUUUGUUUUAUUAUCCGAGACCAAGACUCAUUCUUAUUUUUGCAAUUUUUUUUUAUUUUACCGGCCUCAUUUACACUGGUCGCUGUUACGAUAUUAGCCAAUUCACGAAAAAUAAAACAAACUGCCUCUCGUUUGACGAACAUUUUUUAUCAAUCCAUUUAUACCGAUACUCAAACGUGUAUAUAUAUUAAGUAGGCAAAACAAAUACGAAGAAAAAAAAUGAUGUGAAUCAAUUCGCUUUUUCCUGCUAAAUGGACCCCUCUCAUCGCUACACGAGUUUUCGUUCUUCGAACAAACUUUAUGUACUUAUGUAGAAUAUGAGCAUCACUUUAUUUCGAUUGUUCCGUAAAGUAAUUCGACAGACUGCAAAUAAUAAAGGCUUUUCGUUUAUCAGACGAUUUUUGAACGGCACUAAAUGAGAAUAAAUAAUGAAAGAAAUACGUCUCAGUCGCCAAUACCAAACUUCGAUGCGAUUUAGAAUAAUAAAUCUAUUUCAACUUCUUUCGGAAGUUUCAUUCUGAAUUUUAUCUGUUAACGAAAUUCCGUUCGUUAAUUUUGCUUUUUCGUAAGGUCGAUCGCUCGUUUCCGGAUCUCUAUUUCAAAAUUUUUAUUUUUAUUUUCACUUUCAUUGUUUCCAUUCAAAGAAGAGAUUUCGUCGCAAUCGAUGACACCAGGCACCGGAACGACGAUAACCAGUCGAUAAAGCGUGAGACGCCAGUAAAACCUUCCGGAAUACAUCCGGAAUAACACGAGAAAAAACUUUCUUUUCUUUUACCUCUAACUUGAACUAGAACAAAAACAGCGCAUCGAUAUAAUAAUAGUAAUACCAUUAUUAUCAACACGAAAUUGCGAAUGCUUCAUCGGAAUCUGUAAAAACAAACUGUAUAAUAUCUGUACAAAAUUAAUAGAAAUGAAGAUAUACACCAUA